GCUUCUCUGUGGAGGAAGCUUUUCGGCCUGAGAGCGGGCCUAGGAGGCUGCCAGUGGGGUCGCUGGUGUUUUUCUUUGACGGGUGCCAGGGCAGGGGGGAGCAGCCGCCCGAAAAAAGCACCAUGAUUUCGGCCGCGCAAUUGUUGGAUGAGUUAAUGGGCCGGGACCGAAACCUGGCCCCGGACGAGAAGCGCAGCAACGUGCGGUGGGACCACGAGAGCGUUUGUAAAUACUAUCUCUGUGGAUUUUGCCCUGCGGAAUUGUUUACUAAUACACGUUCUGAUCUUGGUCCAUGUGAAAAAAUUCAUGAUGAGAAUUUACGAAAACAGUAUGAGAAGAGUUCUCGUUUUAUGAAAGUUGGCUAUGAGAGAGAUUUUCUCCGAUACUUACAGAGCUUACUUGCAGAAGUGGAACGGAGAAUUAGACGAGGCCAUGCUCGUUUGGCAUUGUCUCAGAACCAGCAGUCCUCUGGGGCAGCUGGCCCAACAGGCAAAAAUGAAGAAAAAAUCCAGGUUCUAACAGACAAAAUUGAUGUCCUCCUACAGCAGAUUGAAGAACUAGGAUCUGAGGGAAAGGUAGAAGAAGCCCAGGGAAUGAUGAAAUUAGUUGAACAGUUAAAAGAAGAGAGAGAAUUACUUAGAUCCACAACUUCGACAAUUGAAAGUUUUGCUGCCCAAGAAAAACAAAUGGAAGUUUGUGAAGUAUGUGGAGCCUUUUUGAUAGUUGGAGACGCACAGUCCCGGGUAGAUGAUCAUUUGAUGGGAAAACAACACAUGGGCUAUGCCAAAAUUAAAGCUACUGUAGAAGAAUUAAAGGAAAAGUUAAGAAAAAGAACUGAAGAGCCUGAUCGGGAUGAACGUUUAAAAAAGGAGAAGCAAGAGCGAGAAGAAAGAGAGAAGGAGCGGGAGAGAGAAAGGGAAGAAAGAGAAAGGAAAAGACGAAGAGAGGAGGAAGAAAGAGAAAAAGAAAGGGCUCGUGACAGAGAAAGAAGAAAGAGAAGUCGCUCACGAAGCAGACACUCCAGCCGAACUUCUGACCGAAGAUGCAGCAGAUCUCGGGACCACAAGCGGUCGCGAAGUCGCGAAAGAAGGAGAAGCAGAAGUCGAGAUCGACGAAGAAGCAGAAGCCACGAUAGAUCAGAAAGAAAACACAGAUCUCGUAGUCGGGAUAGAAGAAGGUCAAAAAGCCGGGACCGAAAGUCUUACAAGCACAGAAGCAAAAGUCGGGACAGAGAACAAGAUAGGAAAUCCAAGGAAAAAGAAAAGAGGGGAACUGAUGAUAAAAAGAGUAGUGUGAAGUCCAGUAGUCGAGAAAAACAGAGUGAAGACGGCAACACAGACUUGAAGGAAAGUGACACUACGAAUGAGGUCAAUGGGACCAGUGAAGACAUUAAAUCUGAAGGUGACACUCAGUCCAAUUAAAACUGAUCUGAUAAGACCUCAGAUCAGACGGAGGUACGUGCAUUGUCUCUCCCUCUGAGUAGCUUUAGUUACUGCUUGACAGUGCAGCGUAAGUAUGCACAGACGAAGACGGAGCUCAGCGAGCGAGACGACACACAGAGCCUCUUCUGAAGGAAAGACAGUGUAGCCCUGCAAAACAUUUGGAGGUACAUUGUUUUGUCUCCGCUCUUUUGUAGCAGACUCGUGCCCCGUUAGUGUGCCUCUUUGGGAAUGACCCACCCACAUUUGUAACAUAUAGUCACCGUUGAAAAGUUAAUUAUCCUUUUUUUAGGGAUUUUGCUGUCAUUUCUUUCUUUUUCUUUUUUUUUUAAAUGAAAAGGUUGAACUGUUUUUUUUUCUUUUUGCUAUUGAGUCCAUCUUGUGUUGGUACAUUGGCAGAGACAUGCUUUAAAAACUUAAAUAUUUCUGAGGCACAUGUUGGACUACUUUGCUUUAAUUAAACUGCUAGUAUUUCUUUGUCAAGGAUGUUUCUAGUUUUUUGCUUUAUUGCCUUGCAUUCUAAUGCAGUUUGUUCUGUAACUCGAGAGCCAGUAGCAUUGGAUUGAUGGAAGUGUAGGGUUUAUGAAUUAUUGCAGCUGACUACCAUACCUCACACAGCGUUGGUGUUGUGAGCGGCCCAUGAAAAGCCAAAUUAAAAAUCAAGGAUUCAGUCAAACUAAGCAGGUACUCAUGCCAGGUACUCCUUUCUCUACCCACAUCCAUGUUUGAAUGCUGUUGCCUGUGAUCUUUACGCUUAAUGUUGUGUAUCUUUUUUGUUCUUUACAAGAAGCGCAGAGGGGUUUUUUUUGUGUAUUGUGUGAAAACUAUAAGUCAAGUGUUAACAGAAUGGAAUUUUUUUUUGACUGUAUGUACGGAUGCAGUGGUGCCAGGAUUAGAUUUCUUUAUCAAAUUUUAAAUACAAUAAACACUUCAUUUUAUUCGCCUUGUUACAUUCAUUGCAAUUCUCAAGUCUUUCAGAGGUAUGUGUUUAAUGUUUCCUACUGUGUAGGAGAAUUUGCAAUCAGCCACAGAUCCAUAGUGACAGGCACUGGCUGAUGUGUGAGUAGCAAGGAUAGACACCUGCAAUGUGAAAGACAAAGAACUGACUGACUCUCUAGAAUGAAUUUGGGGUUUUUAAGAACUAUUAAAAGCCAGGUGUUAAUAAGUGUUCUUAAAACCUAUAAAUCUCAUUCUUUGGGCUAGUGGGAUCACAUGAUUCUAAUGAAAGGAAGUACCAAUUAGUCAUCUAGUCAUUGGCAUUGCUCUUCUAGGGAAGCAUUAGUGCUAAAUCUGUGUGCCAUGUUGACGCACAGGCAGGUACAUGGGCAGGCACGUGACUUUCAGGAUCACACUGAUGCCUUGAUCAUUGAAAAGAAUACAAACAUCCCACAUUCGUAUGGUAAUUUUAAUUAGCAGUUAGUGAUUGGCCAAUAAUUAGUCAUAAAAAUUAGCUUUUUAACAUGUUGUCUAAUUAUCAUUUUCCCCAAAAUUUUGCAUUGUAGGACUACCAUUCGAAGAUUUUUGGAAGAAUACUGAAAACGGCAGAGUGUGAAGAUCGACAUUAAAAUGAGGUGAAAGAAAGCUAUAGUGGCAUAGAAAAAGUAUAAAGCUCAGUUAGGGUUUUUUUUUUAAUUAUUAAAAAUUAAUUCAGGACUGAUGUGACCUACCAGAUUUCAGAACAUGUGUUAAUAGAAUAUAUGCCACUGAAAACUUAGGUCCUGUAUCAUAUUUUUUUCUUUAAGACUUUUUAAGAAAUAUUACCCAAAACAUGUGGCUUGCUCAGUGUUUAAUUAAAAAGUUUUCAUUCUUGGACUUUGAAAACAGGAUUAAACGUUAGUAUUUGUGUGAAUCAGACUAAGUGAGAUUCCAUUUUUACAACUGCUAUACCUAGCUUUUGGAUUUAGACGUGAAAAUAAAGUAUCUCUGACUUUUCUGUUACAAACUUGAUUGUCUCUGUCAUUGGAAAGAUUUAGUAUUAAUCUUUUUCUAAUAAAGUUAUUGACUCUGAA